AUCGUUUUACGACAGCAUACACAAUUUUUUCAUCAAAUCGCUCAUCUUAAAAUCUUAAGGAAGUGAAAUAGCGAAAUUGUAAAAUUAAAUAAUCCAAAAUGUGUAUGGGUGUACUGUUUUUUUCGUUGUUUUGCGGAACGCAAAUUGUUAAAACUUCUAAUGUAUGAAUCAAUUGAAAUAAACCAUUUAAUACAUGUCGGCGUUAUGUAUUUAACUGCAUGCUAAUCGCAAAAUACAAAACGGAUUUACACGAAAGUGACUGUGCUCAUUAAAACUGGACACAGGACAAGAAGGUUCAGGAACAGUAACGAGUAGUCGGAUAUAACAAUUGGUUCAAACGAAGAGACGUUGGUCGCAAUCCGGUACCCAAGCACUCGCGUGGGAAUAUUGCAGUAGGAAAUCGAGUGUUGAUUUGCAGCAGAAGUCGCUAGUUCUGGGGAGUGUUGGUUCGCUCUACAACUCUGUCACCUUUGAUUUGCUGACAUUUGAACGGGACUUUCGUGGGUCUUUAUAAAAUGGUCACUUUGCCUGGUGUGGCAGUAUUUGCAAAUGAAUCUGUCACGCGCUGCAAUCGACAAACAUACUUGCCAGUUAUGCAUGUUUUAUGUAACUACAUCGAGUGUCCAUAGUGCUACUAAUAUAACAUAUAGUGCCGAUCUAUCGCAUGCAAUAUGCAAAAAUAAGACGAAAAUAUAAGAAAUAAAAAACGCAAAGCAUUAAUGCAUUAAAAGGUCAUUAUAGGGAUAUAUUAUUAACAGAACAGAUCUUCUGCACAGAUUGUGUUUUCGUUUUUUAACUAAAACGUUUGGAACCCGACAAGCGACUUUCUCUAUUUUUCUGGAUUCAUUUAAUAAUAUACCAUAAAAAUCCAUCAGUUAAUACAGUGGUAGUUUGUUCUACGUAACAAAACUUUGAUACGUUGACAUGUGGGAUAAUACAAUAGCGUGCACGAGAAACAUGGGGUUCGCCACCAACAUGAACCACCUCGCGGGUUCUGCGCUUGCAUACGACGGAUAUACUGUGGGCAUGAACGGAAACGGCGGCCAGCGUGACCUGUGCGCAGGAUGUUGCCGCCCCAUCGAGGACCGCUUCCUGAUGCGCGUGGUGGACCUGUCGUGGCACGAGCGCUGCCUCCACUGCUGCGUCUGCCAGAUGCCGCUACAAGGCACGUGCUUUGUCAAGGACCGGAAGUUGUAUUGUCGGUUGGACUACGACAAGAUAUUUCGCGCCAAAUGCAGCGGCUGUCUUCAGCAGAUAAUACCUCCAAAUCAACUAGUGAUGCGCGCGCUCGACCACGUGUUCCACAUCCAGUGUUUCGCGUGCGUCGCGUGCGGUCACCCCCUGCAGAAAGGCGACGAGUUCGCGGUGAGGCACGGCCAGUUGCUCUGUCGGCUGGACUUCGAGAAGGAGAUGGUCAUGAUGCCGUACAGUCCUAAAAGCGACGACAGCGACAGUUACGAUGACGACAGUGACUCCGGGAAGCCGCCGAAGCGACCGCGCACGAUCCUUACCACAAGUCAGCGCCGGAAGUUCAAAAACGCGUUCGAGCUGAACCCGAAGCCAUGCCGAAAGGUGCGCGAGUCUCUGGCGGCGGAAACAGGCCUUAGCGUGCGAGUGGUGCAGGUGUGGUUUCAGAAUCAGCGGGCAAAGGUAAAGAAAAUAGCUCGGCGCCAAAAUGCGGAUGGUGGUGGAAAGAGUAAGAAGGACGGGGGAGGCAGCACCGGAAGUAGCAAUGGAGACUCUGUCGGCGACAAGGGGAAGCUGAAGUCACCGGAAGGGAAGAAAGAGGAUGACAGCGAGUCUGACAGUAGCAGCCUGAUAGGCGCCGCCGACCAGACGGGCGUGUCGCCGAAAGGUGAAGCUCAUCUCUAUGGAAACGAGUUAAAUAGUUUCGACACAGAUCAUUCAGAUUCUGCGUACUCUAGUACGAACACCGUCUCCCGGACGACCUACAGUAACGGGUCGGUUCUCGAGGACAAAAUGGAGGCCCUGGAUCAGCUACUGGCUGACGGACGGACGAACGGUCUAUCCGCGUCCAGCAGCCUCAUCAACCCCAUCGACAAACUCUACUCCAUGCAGUCGUCGUAUUUCAGUGCGGACUGAAUGAACCCCUCACAUGUAACGUGUGCACCGUGUUGUAUGAAAGCAUAAGCAUCGUAUUUGUUCGUACCGGUGUUACCUUCGGUAUGGCAAUGAACGGUGAUUUUACUGGAUUUGCUUCGAUUUCGAUAGAUUUUGUUUCUGUACGGUUCUGGAUUGAAGAAUACAUACCCAAUAACAAUGUAUCGGGUUUUGUGAAAUGAAGAGUUAUGGGUGAGCGGCAACAAAUAACGGAGGCGUACACGGCUUUAGUACUGGUAUGGUCGCGAUGGCGUGUUUAAAACGGAUUUUCCACGUUUCUUGGAAUAAGAAUAAACGAAGUAUGUUUAAAACGAGUAAAUCUCCCCUCCACUUUCACAUGUUUGAUGACCACAGAAAGAAAUGGUAUUUACACUCACACGAUGUGUAAUAUGAAAUCAUGGUGGCUUCAUGAAUGUCCGUGAAUUGUGAUGAAGAGUUUCCUUGAAAUUAACUGGGGAAACAUUGGAUUGUUGAAAGUAAAUGUCUCCGAAAUAAUCUUCAUUGAAGAAUAUUCCAGUGUUAUGUAGCGCUUGUGUUUAGGUUUAGAAUGAAAGAUCGUGUCCACUGACCAAUGAUACUUUUGUUAAUUGCAUUUUUUAAACACUGUCUUGAUGCUGUAGUCGGACGCUUUCCGUAGCCGUUUCUGCUAUUGAAGCGUACAAGUAUUUGUGUCGCGUUCUGAGAAAACUGGACAUUGUGUAUGUGCGUAAAGUGUCGUCCCAGAUUAGCAUGUGCAGUCCGCUAAUCAGGGACGACACUUUCCGCUUUUAUGACAUUUUCGUUUAAAUAAGUCUCUUCUUAGCAAAAAUCCAAUUUAGGCGAAAAGUUUCUUCCCUGAUUAGCAUGUGAGGACUGCACAGGCUAAUCAGGGACGACACUUCACGCACAUGCAUUAAGCACAGUUUUCUCAGAACACGGCUCAUCUGUACACUAACGGAAUGGCACUGACAGUAAAAUAGACAAAAUGUUGCAUCAUCGCCCAUCAUUAUGAAUUAAAAAUUAUCAAUUUGAAUGUGUUAAAGCACGAGUACCACGUUUUGUUGGCAAAAAUAGUGUAAAACAUCAAUUUUCUGUUUCAAUAUAUUUUUCAUAUUUUCCAUGCAAAAAUAUAUUUAUUAGCUUUGCUGUGAAUUAAACAGACUUGUUUAAAUAUCAAAAUGUAUGUACUCGAAAUCUGUUGAAUGUAAAUAAGACAUAAUACAGAUUUUUAUUGACAUAAGGGUUUAUCCCUAAUAAUAACAUGUACAAAAGAUGCUAUGUUAUUUCCUCAAAACAAAGGUAUGUGCACACGGUAUAAGAGCUAUAUAAUGAUACUGAUUUAUUCGUGAUUAAUUAACAACGCCUAAUUAUGUAGUUUUAUAACGUAUUUUACAUUUCACAAGACGAAAACGCUGGGUUUUAUCUCUUAUAUUUGUAGGGUUAAUUCGUGGCAACAUUAAUACUGAAUUUUGCGUGGUUUGCAAUAUAAUGACAAAAACAAUCAAUUUAUUGCAAAAAAACAACAACAAUUUAUAUAAAUUUAUCAAGUAAUUCAUUUAUUGAUUAGUUAAUAUGACACAUUGAUUUAACUUUUGAUAAAAGCCAUUUGUUAAUACAAUUCGCUCCGUCCUAAAUUAUCAAUUUAAUGUGAACUAUAUUUGUAUUUUAUUUCACUUGAUUUCUUACAUUUGCAAAAUUUGUUCAAAGAAUUGUUUUAUUGAAAUAAUUUGAAUGAAUUGUGUAACUUUCAUAUUUUAUCAAUAAUCAUAUUCAUGUUUAUUUUGCCCUCAUAAAAUGAUUUCUUUUUAGGCAAAUGAUAUAAAAAAAGAUAAAAUCGAUGAAAAGCUUGAGCACAUUCAAAACCAAACAGGGAUGCCAUAACCACGUCGAAGAAGUAGUGUUAUUUGCAAUAUAGUAAUUAAUAUGUUACUAUAAUACUUAAAAAUUAGACUCGUAUGUUUGGCUGCCCAAUUCAUUUAUUGCAUACAUUUUAAAAUGUGUACAUCAGAAAGAAUUUGCAUUUAUUUGCAUUCCAAUUAAGUGCUUUGACAUUCCUUAAAUUUAUUUGCAUUCCAUUUCGGUUAUUUUUAUUUUAAUUAUGUUGUUCCAUUCCAUUUUUCAUUUUUCACCACUUUCUGUUAUUUGAAGGCCAGAAGGAUGAAUUGUAUUCCUGUUUAGUUAUGUCCGUUCCAUGACAGUGUUUGCAAUAUGUCAUUACACUCGAUAAUAUCCAUGUGGUUGUGCGGUACACAUAUUCUUUAAUAAACCAGCCAUUAAUCGCCGAUAAGACAAAUUCAAAGGAAUUAAAGUCUAUAUAAUUUAUAUUCAUAAUUAAAAAUCCAGUACAAUCGUUAUUUUUUUGUCCAGGUUAUGCAUUUAUAACGCUUCUUGGUUAAAAUGUAACAAAAAAAUAAGCGUCUUUUAAGACAGCAAAUUGUUUAGAGUUUGAUGACGGUUUCAUAUAAAGGUCAGUUGACUACCAAAAAAACAACAUUGUGUUCGUGUAAAUAUUGUUGUCAUUUCAUAUUUUUAAUGUAAGCAAUGAAAUUUCGCAUACGCGCGGCCAAUUGCUCAUAAAGUUUAAUUUACGAAGCCUUAUGAAAACUGACCCCUACCCAUCGUUGUUUUGUGCAAUAUCGUUUUACAAGUGCAUAACCCUUACCAUGUCAUCAUUAUUUUCAUAGGUGAAUAUGUGCAUACCUUUAACAUUUGUGAAGUUCCAUGUUUAACAUUAGUGUUAUAUCAUAGGUGAAUAUCUACCUACCUGUACUUAUUUGUGGUGUCAACCAGAUCUGGUCCAUACCAUCAUUGUUGUCAUGGUUGAAUAUGUACAAAAUGUCUCAUUUGUGCUAACCACGACAACGCUUAUCUGUUUGUUCAUACGAUGUGUCAUAGCAAACGCUGCGGUUGCAUGUGUGUUUUAUAUACGGUAGAUGCUGGGCCUAACCUGUAACAACACUUAACCUUCAAAGAUUGACAACACUUUUUUGCAAACGUCUUCAAUAUCGUCUUGGGGUUUAAUGCAUGUGCGUAGAGUGCCGUCCCAGAUUAGCCUUGCAGUCCGCACCGGCUAAUUAGGCAUGACACAUUCCGUCUUAACUGGAUUUUCGCAAACAACAAGAGAUUUCUUUCGAACGACAAUAAUCCAUAAAAGCGAAAAGUGUCGUCCCUGAUUAGCCCGUGUGGAUGCACAAGAUAAUCUGGGAUGACGCUUACACACAUGAAUAAAAUCCGGAUUUCUCCAAGCAAGACUCAUAUAUAAUAAUGUCUAUGAAUAUCUUUUACUGUCUUUAUAUCAAAUAAUCCACCGGAAGUUCUGGAAUACUAUAUGGCAUCGUACAAUUGGCUACUGGGUUUAAAAUGCUUUUUUCUGACGCUAAAAAAGUCAUAUAACUAAUCAUCUAGAGUGUUAUCCAAUCGACGAAAUCAAAUAUCUGUUGAUAAACUAUUAGCCUUGUUAAAGAAGUGAAGCUUGUAAAAUGUAACAGAUACGGUAUAAUUAUAUGUAUAUAGUACUUCUUGAGCAAGAGUGAUUGAUUUAAGAAUGUAAACAUUGAAUUCGCCCACAUUCAAAUCAAUUUUACCCAUGCAAUUUUUUGAUAAAGAGGGCUUAACAAUACUUUAACAUAUGCAUACAACUAGUGAAAUUCGUGCAUCAAAAUUAAUUUCAUUAACUGAUAAAAAACGGGUGUCCCAUCAUUUUUAAAAGUCAAACCCUUCGGCGUACAGAGUAUGGAUUCGCAACUUGUUAUUUGCCAGUAUGAUAUGUUAGUUACCAUUGUAUUUAUUUUAUUUAUUUUAUAUGAACGUUUACAAAUUGUUUUACAACAAUAAAAUGUGCUAGCUGUGA